GGGAAAGGCUGGUCUUCUCUGUGCCGAAAUUUUUCUGUAUCCCUCGGAAUUAUUGAUUGUAACACACUGAAAUAUGUCUUCAGUAGCAGUGCCAUUUUACCAGAGGAGGCACAAGCACUUUGAUCAGUCCUAUCGCAACAUUCAGACAAGAUAUGUCCUUGAGGAAUAUGCAGCAAGAAAGGCUGCUUCCAGACGGGCUGUUUAUUAUGAAUUACCUGGCCUGGGGAAAACGACAUGCAGGCUCUGUGCCAGGAGGGCACGCAGCUUGGCUCACGAAGCAAUACAAGAAUCGAGGAAAAGGACCCAUGAACAAAAGACUCAUGCAAGUGAAGAGAAAAGAAUACGGUUUGCCAAUGAGUUGUCUGUUUUGGAAAAAGAGAUUCACACAGCCAGACACCGUGCUAGAGAACAUCUGGAUAGACUUGAAGUACAAAGGAUGGUAGAAGAAAACAUGGCUCUAGAAAGACAUGCUCUUGAGGAAAGUAUAAGUCGAGCUCCUGAAAUUCUAGUACGCCUGAGGUCUCACACUGUCUGGGAAAAGAUGUCUGUGAGCCUUUGCUUCACCGUACAAGGAUUUCCCACCCCUGUUGUACAAUGGUACAAAAAUGAAGAAUUGAUUACCCCUGCAAGUGAUCCAAGAAAGUACAGAAUUGAAAGCAAAUAUGGAGUACAUGUGUUGCAUAUAAACAGAGCUGAUUUUGAUGAUUCUGCUACCUAUUCAGCGGUUGCAACAAAUGUCCAUGGGCAGGCAUCAACUAAUUGUGCUGUGGUUGUGCGAAGGUUCAGAGAAGGUGAAGAGCCUCACCCAGCUGGGAUAAUGCCCUUCCACUUGCCCCUGUCGUACGAUAUUUGUUUCACCCACAUUGAUGUCCAGUUUCUGGAGAAGUUUGGAGUCACCUUUGCAACUGAAGGUGAAACACUGACCCUGAAGUGUUCUAUGUUGAUCACCCCAGACCUGAAAAGACUACAACCUCGUGCUGAGUGGUAUAGAGAUGAUGUGCUGAUAAAGGACUCCAAGUGGACAAAGCUGUAUUUUGGAGAAGGCCAGGCAGCUCUUUCCUUUACCCAUCUGAACAAAGAUGAUGAAGGUUUAUACACCCUGCGGAUGGUUACAAGAGGUGGAGUGAGCGAAUACAGUGCAUACCUAUUUGUCAGAGAUGCUGAUGCAUUGAUCGCAGGAGCACCAGGGGCACCGAUGGAUGUUAAAUGCCAUGAUGCUAACAGAGACUAUGUUAUUGUUACUUGGAAACCACCAAACACAAUCAAUGAGAGCCCAGUCAUCGGGUAUUUUGUUGACAAAUGUGAAGUAGGCUUGGAAAACUGGGUCCAGUGCAAUGAUGCUCCUGUAAAAAUCUGCAAGUAUCCUGUGACUGGUCUUUACGAGGGACAUUCUUACGUAUUCCGUGUAAGGGCAGUGAACAGUGCUGGCAUUAGCAGGCCUUCUCGAGCAUCUGAACCAGUUGCAGCUCUUGACCCUGUUGACCUGGAGAGAACACAAACUAUUCAUGUGGAUGAAGGGCGGAAGAUUGUGAUCAGUAAGGAUGACCUUGAAGGUGAUAUUCAGAUUCCAGGCCCUCCCACCAAUGUACAUGCCUCAGAAAUCAGCAAAACAUACGUUGUACUCAGCUGGGAUCCACCUGUUCCCCGUGGCAGGGAACCACUGACAUAUUUCAUUGAGAAGUCCAUGGUUGGUAGUGGAAGCUGGCAAAGAGUCAAUGCACAGGUUGCAGUAAAAUCUCCUCGCUAUGCAGUGUUUGACCUUGCAGAAGGAAAAUCAUAUGUUUUCCGAGUCUUGUCAGCAAACAAGCAUGGCAUCAGUGAUCCAUCUGAAAUCACAGUACCUAUUCAACCAGAAGAUACCAUCGUUGCUCCAUCUACACCUGGUCAGGUAGUGGCCACAAGGAAUACGAAAACAUCAGUUGUGGUUCAAUGGGAUAAACCAAAACAUGAAGAGGAUUUGUAUGGCUACUAUAUUGACUAUUCUGUGGUGGGAUCAAAUCACUGGGAACCUAGUAACCAUAAACCUAUUAAAUAUAAUAGGUUUGUUGUUCAUGGUUUGGAAACUGGACAGCAGUACAUCUUCCGUGUGAAAGCUGUGAAUGCUGUAGGAUUCAGUGAAAAUUCACAGGAGUCAGAGGCUAUAACAGUACAGGCAGCUCUUACUUGUCCAUCAUACCCUCAUGGUAUCACACUUCUGAACUGUGAUGGUCAUUCAAUGACCCUUGGCUGGAAAGCACCAAGGUACAGUGGAGGUUCACCAAUCCUUGGUUAUUAUAUGGAUAAACGGGAAGCUAAUCAUCAAAACUGGCAUGAAGUCAAUUCUUCCCUUAUUACCCAGACAAUUUACACGGUGGAGGAUUUAACAGAAGAUGCUUUCUAUGAAUUCAAAGUUGCUGCUGCAAAUUUGGUUGGAAUAGGUCAACCUUCAGAUCCCAGUGAGCAUUUUAAGUGUAAAGCCUGGACUAUGCCAGAACCUGGUCCUGCCUACGAUCUCAACAUUUGUGAAGUUAGAAAUACAUCCCUGGUUCUUCUGUGGAAAGCUCCUGUAUAUGAAGGCAAAAGUCCUAUUGCUGGGUAUUUAGUGGACUAUAAGGAAGUAGAUACAGAAGACUGGGUCACUGCUAACGAAAAGCCUACUCCAAAGCGCUAUUUUAAGGUCACUGAUUUACAAGAGGGUCAUAGCUAUGUUUUCAAAGUUCGUGCAGUAAAUGAUGCUGGGAUAGGCAAAUCAUCUGAGAUAUCUGAACCAGUGCUUGUUGAGGCACGGCCAGGAACAAAAGAAAUCUUUUCAGGUGUGGAUGAUGAAGGUAAUAUUUACCUGGCUUUUGAGUGCAAGGAAGCUACAGCUGCGUCUCAUUUUGUGUGGGGUAAAUCAUAUGAGGAGAUUGAUGAUACUGAUAAGUUUAAGAUUGAAACAGAAGGAAGCUGUUCAAAGCUGUACUUCAAAAAUCCUGAUAAAUCAGACUUGGGAACUUAUUCUAUCUCGGUUAGUGACACAGAUGGAGUUUCAUCCAGCUUUGUUAUGGAUGAUGAAGAGUUUGAACGUUUGAUGGCAUUAAGCAAUGAGAUAAAGAAUCCAACAAUACCUCUGAAAUCAGAAUUAGCUUAUGAGGUUCUUGAGAAAGGACAAGUUCGUUUCUGGAUUCAGGCUGAAAGCUUAUCACCAGAUUCUACCUUCAGAUUUGUUAUUAAUGAUAAAGAAGUUGAAAACAGUGAUAGGCAUAAAAUAAAUUGUGACCGUUCAAAUGGCAUUAUAGAAAUGGUGAUGGACCAAUUUACAAUUGACAAUGAAGGUACCUACACAGUGCAGAUUCAAGAUGGAAAGGCCAAGAACCAGUCUUCAUUAGUUCUCAUUGGAGAUGCAUUCAAGGCAGUAUUGGCUGAGUCUCAGCUCCAGCAAAAGGAAUUUCUCAGGAAGCAAGGUCCUCACUUCUCAGAGUUUUUGUAUUGGAAAGUUACAGAGGAAUGUGAAGUUUUAUUCGCUUGUAAGGUUGCAAACACGAAGAAGGAGACUGUUUUCAAGUGGUAUAAGGACGGUUCUGGAAUUGAUGUUGAUGAGGUGCCUGAUCUGCAGAAGGAAGAAUGUCACCUCAGUAUUCAGAGGCUGUCUCGCAAAGAUGAAGGAGUUUAUAAGGCAACACUAUCAGAUGAUAGAGGUCAUGAUGUAUCUACUCUUGAAUUAUCAGGAAAAGUGUAUGAUGAUAUAAUUCUGGCAUUGAGCGAAGUCAGUGGUAAGUCAGCCUCUCCACUGAAGAUCCUUUGCACUGAGGAAGGAAUAACGCUCCAGUGUUUCUUGAAGUACUACAAUGAAGAAAUGAAAAUCAACUGGUCUCACAGGGAAUCUAAGAUUUCUUCUAGUGAAAAGAUGAAGAUUGGAGGUGGAGAGAAUGUUGCCUGGCUGCAGAUAAGUGAACCUACUGAAAAGGAUAAGGGGAACUAUACUAUUGAAAUCUUUGGCAGCAAGCAAUCCUACAAACGCACACUCGAUCUGUCUGGGCAAGCUUUUGAUGAUGCAUGUGCAGAAUUCCAGCGACUCAAGGCAGCUGCUUUUGCUGAGAAGAAUCGUGGUAAAGUCAUUGGUGGUUUGCCUGAUGUCGUUACUAUAAUGGAUGGGAAGACGCUGAAUCUGACCUGUACUGUAUUUGGAAAUCCUGACCCUGAAGUGUCUUGGUUCAAGAAUGACAAGGUCUUUGAACUUAAUGAGCACUAUGCUUUUUCACUGGAACAAGGGAAAUAUGCCAGUUUAACAAUCAAGGGAGUGACCUCAGAAGACUCCGGCAAAUAUAGCAUCCAUGUCAAGAACAAGUAUGGUGGGGAAAAAGUGGAUGUCACUAUAAGUGUGUACAAACAUGGUGAAAAAAUGCCUGAAAUUAAGCCUGGCCAGCUUGCUAAACCCAGCCCAAUCCCACCAUCAGAGGAAGUCCUCCAACCUUAG